CUCCGUCUCGUUCGCUUCGCUCGUCCACCACCACCACCGUCUCGUUUCCCCUCAUCGCUACCCACCCCCUCACCUCAUCGUCUCACAUCGAGCUGGCUUCUUCCCCCCGCCAACCGCGAGCCGUUUACCGUGUUGAGUCCCGCACGGAGCAGGCAUGUUUGGCGCUCCAAAGAAGCGGUUCGGGGAGGAGGGAGAGCCCGAGUUUGAUGGAAACAUGUACUUCAACCAGUCGAGUGUCUUCUCACACAGGCCCGACAAAGACAUGCUGGGCUCUCCGUCACCAUCGGGUCAGCUGUCUCAGUUUGGCGCAAGCCUCUACGGCCCACAAAACCCGCUGGGUCUUCAGAUGCGUGGAAUGGGGGGCACAGCCCCGCAGCUCAAUCGGAGUUUAUCGCAGGGUGCCCCCUUGCCAGGACACGUGACCCCUACGAGUGUGGGGCCCCCUAUGCCGCCACCACAUGCGCCGUCAUCACCCAGCCGGGGCAUCCUGGCGCUGAACCCACGGAUGAACCACGUGCAGCCCAUCGGCCUGUCAAACCGUGCCAAUGCAGUGGGCUCCUCUGGCAUGGGCAGCCCCAACCGCAGUUCACCAAACCUGCUGUCCAUGCAGAAGCAGCCGCCACCGCCGCCGCCACCGCAGCAGCAGCAGCCACCGCGCAGCACCUACGGCUUAGGAGGGAUGUCAGGAUUUGGCCUUGGCAGGAGCCAGGGUUACAGUCUGAGCAACGCGAUCACCAACAACAGCUACAACAGCACGGGAGGCAGCGAUACGGUGGCCGGGUUGGAUCUGUCUGACUUUCCGGCGCUCGCAGAACGGAACAGGAGAGAAAGCAACGGCAACCCAGCGCCCCUCCCCAACCCCAUGGCUGGCAGGACGCCAUAUGUUGGCAUGGUGACAAAGCCCGCGAGCGAACAGCCCCAGGACUUCUCAAUCCACAACGAGGACUUCCCGGCACUGCCUGGCGUGAACCUCAACAAGGAGCCCACGGCCGCACCCGACGACAAUAAGACGCUGACCAAUCAGAGCGGGCAGACCACGGGGUCGGUGACGGAGGGACCCAAGUUCCCUGGAGACAAGGGCAGCAACACCAAUGCGAACCAGCAAAAGAAGGGCAUCCAGAUCCUUCAAGACGGCCGCGUGACGAACAUCCCGAGCGGGAUGGUGACGGAUCAGUUCGGCAUGAUCGGCCUCCUCACCUUCAUCCGGGCGGCUGAGACGGAACCGUCUCUCGUGCACCUGGCUCUCGGCAGUGACCUCACCACACUCGGCCUCAACCUCAACUCCCCCGAGAACCUCUACCCCAAGUUCGCGUCGCCAUGGGCAGAAGCGCCGUGCAGACCUCAGGAUAUCGAUUUUCACGUUCCUUCAGAAUACCUGACGAACAUUCACAUCAGGGAUAAGCUUGCUCCCAUCAAGCUGAGUCGGUACGGGGAGGAUCUGCUCUUCUACAUGUACUACACCAACGGGGGCGACAUCCUGCAACUUGCCGCGGCGGUAGAACUGUACAACCGCGACUGGCGGUACCACAAGGACGAGCGGGUGUGGAUCACGCGGGCGCCCGGCAUGGAGCCUCAGAUGAAGACGAACACGUACGAGCGUGGCACCUACCUCUUCUUCGACUGCCACAACUGGAGGAAGGUCGCUAAGGAGUUCCACCUGGAGUACGACAAGCUGGAGGAGAGGCCCCACCUUCCCACGUCGCUCAACUACAACCCGGCCCAGCAGGCUUUUUGAUCCCAGAAGCAUCUGCUGGGGGCCCCCCGGCCCACACCACACUGCGACUCGCGCCGGCCCAAAACUUUUGGUGACGGCAGCGGGAAUCCCUUUAACAAAAAAAACCACGCAAACAAACAAAAAAAAUUGACGUCCCUGUUUCUCCCCCCUCCCCCCGCGCCCCCCCCCCCCCCUCAUCUCGCGUCGCUGCCCGUAACAACGCGAGCUUUGACGGAAACUGCGCACAUUCCCCGAGAUUCAGGGCAGCCGAGGAACUCUAUUUUUUCAGACUCCAAAAAAAAACCACAAGAGCGAUCGUAGACGUAGGCGGUUUUCAGAUUCAGAGAUUUCAAGGCCCCCACCCACCCACCUCCUCCUGUCUGCCACACUGCGUAAGUCCAUGCCUCAUUUCUCAUGGGUGCACCUCCCCUGACUCCACCCUCCUCCACCCCCCCAACAAUUCUCUUCAUAACCCUCUGCCCCCCCCCCUCAGCACACACGAUGGCGGUUUCAUCAUUACAAUUUGGAGCAUCAAGCGGGUGAGAAAAUAACAGCACGGAACAGAACGGCGCGAAAAGGGAUGAUCUGGCAAACGUGUAAUGCAUUCAGUCGCUGCUGGCGAUGACGAUGGUGGCAGUGGCUCUUUAAGGACAAACAGCUGACGAGUCUCGUCUCCCGCGUGUCUGCAUUGUGUGAUUUGUAGCAAAGGCCAUUGGGGUUUUGCCUGAGAUUGUGAGGAUGAAGUGUGGAGGUUUUUUGUUCUGGGCGGAGGUCUGUUUAGGAGGGUCGGUGACUCUUGAGUGCGAGUGAACGAGUGGAUUGUAACACUUUGACUAAAUAACUUAUGUUCCCGGCAAAUGCACACAAAUGCAUGACAAAGACACCCAGGCUUACACAGACACGGGUGUACGGAGCAACGUACACACGGACACGUGCAAUGGCACACACAGACACGUGGACAAAGAUGGACACAGGCGUACACAAACACAUGGACAUUUGGACACAGGCUUCUCUGGGCACAAGCUCACAGAUACAAGUAUGGGCACACAAACUUAACGCACAAGCACACAGGCUCCUAUUGAACAGACAAACACACCGACUGUCACGCCUAUGCACAAACACUGACACUUGGAUGCACACGGACACACACAGCAAGGUACACACACAUGGACACGGGUAGACGCACGGGACGCAUAAAUACAGUACUGCAAAUACAAACACUGAGAAAAUGCAAGGGGGGCCCUCUCUUUCCAACUCGUUCACAACAAAGCUUCAUUCUAGAAUCAGUCUUCAGUCAAAUCUCAGCAUAGGCUCCUUUCAACUUGGGUGUCCUUAGCGACUGCCCUCCGUAUUCACGAGAUGUCGUCCACGGUCUUUCAUCAGUUGGGUUUUCAUCCAUCGCUACACCCCCAUUGCUUAGGAUCUCCAAAACAAUGUUUCAUCGUAAGUGGCCGAGCGAGCGCUUGCAGCAAUCUGAUGGUGCCGCGGCCGCUGCUGCUGCUGGAGCGAGUUUUACGGGUUUCUCUGCCGUGCUGUGGUUUGUGUGAGCGCCACUCAAAAGUUAAUUCCGUGUACAUUCCUAAUUUCGAGAGUGUGGUGGCCCUCAGUCGGAGAGGAGAGGCAGCAGUGGGUGGGUUUGAGCACGUGCGAUAGUACACCAGCAUGGGAGUGGAUGGUGGUGUGGCCGUGGAUAGGUUUGCACACCACAGCGCGAUGGAUGGAUGGUUGUGAUUGUAAAGCCCGUGUUCUUAGUCACCGCUCGGCUCGUGCUUAGUUCCCUGCUCAUUGUGAGCCAGCUAAAAGGCAUGCUUCACUUGAGCCGGCUCUGAGCAAUCAUCCCAAUCAUGCUCAGGAUUUCCAUGAGCCGAGACCGAGCUAAGACAUGGCCGAGUUGCCCAUGCGACAUUGAAAGCAGCUCAAGUGUGAGCGGAGUCGCUGCCAAACCAGAGCCGAGCCAUGACUUAUAAGACGGCCCUAAGCAUUCAAAGGUCAACUUGGGAUUGCGAUGGCAUGGACGCGUGUGCGACAUUCGGUGGCAACCCCCUGCACUUUGCGUAGCUAGGCAGUACACGUCUGCCCUUAAUCCGCCCACACACAUAAUCCAGGAGCAGAUUUUUUUUUAUUGAUUUCAUUGGGAGUUAUUUUUUUGUUUUGUGUUCCUCCUGAACGUGUUAAGUUAUGCAUUGCACCUGUUACAAUGGGAACUCCGCAAUUCAGAGCAUCUGGGUUCGUGAGUAAUCCAAGGCGUGACUUUGUACCUGCCGCAGAAAUCCACGUGUUGGGGGGGAGCAUAGGCAUGGCAGGUAGGUAGGGUGGAUAUUUGCAGCUAGCUUUUCGAAGUCUUGAUGUGAACUUGCGUGUGUAUGUGUGCGCACGCGUGGGGGAGUAGUGGCACAGUGGUCGGUGCGCUACGAACCCGGUGACCCGAUUUCGAUUUGUGCUCAUGGCCAAUAUCAGUGGUGAAAUUGGCACAAUUCCUAGGCCACUCUAGGUUGACUCGGCCUUAAAUCAGUAGCUUGUACAGUGUGUAAACAUUAGCACUGGGAAUACAAAGGCGGCCGGGUGUGGUGCUGGCCACACCACCCCCUCAUGUGCCCUGCGGACCUUCAUAGGUGCUCGCUAACUAAAUUUGCCCAUCAGCCUGUGUUGGCUACACGGGAGAUCUUUGUCUUGUAGAUGUGCUUAUGGAUGGGUGUCGCAGAGUUUUGAAGACUGACCAAAUAAUCCCGCAAACCCCAGCAUCCCUACCUGGCCCACUGCCCAUCACGACUCAUGGCAGCUGGCAUCUGGAAUCUUAAUUUAAUCCUCUCCCCUAGGUCUACUCAGCCAAGAAUGAGUUCCUGUUGCGUUGGUAUGGUCAUCAACACCAGCAGUGGGUGGACAAAUGCAGCUGUGUGUGUGUGUGUGGAGCUGGCCCUACUACCAUCUUGUGUGCUGCUUCGGCCUUGAUAGGUGCUCACAAAACUCACCCCGCCUCUCGUUCGUUCCAAGCAAAUCAAAACGCAUUUCGCAAGCGAAUGUUGUGAUGUCAAACAAACUGCAGGAGUGUGUGCUAUCCUUUGCGGACCAUAGACUCUUGAGAGUGAAUCGUCAUGAUCACGGCAAUCAUGAUUGUCAUGCAUACCAUCAACAACGGCAUCAACAGCAAUUCAUUUCUCCUGGUGUAAAUCGCCCUUCCUGUAUUUACAAUUCCUCCUGGGGGGCUCUGUCCAGUUGGAUAUUGGAUAUUUUUUUUUGUCAAACGGAUAAGGGCCCCCCACCAUCCGUGCCAAUGCCACAUCGUUUCAUUUGCAGAUCCGUUCAUGGCAGUGUCACGUUUGAAAAGCAUUCCCCACUCGCCAGACCAACAUAUCCGUUAUUUAGUUGAUGAGAGAAAUUUCAUACUGGUCGCAGAACUGUAUUGAAACAGAGGAACUUUAUAUAUAUUUUGUGUCUGAAAACCCGCAGUGAAAUAGAAUUGCUUCUUUAUUGGUUCUGUAGCUGUCAUGGAAAAGUCUGACCUAGUGACAGAGAUGCGUGCAUUGUGUUAGCCUCGAAAACCAAACACGAGGAACAAAAAAUUGACAGAGACGUAAUUUAGCGAACUGCCCCACAUUUUUGCCCAAACGAUUUGGGCCACUUAAUUUCGAUGAUUUUGCUCAAGCGCGGGGGAAGGAAAUGCGUGGCGAGAAAUUUUCUGGGAUGACUUCAACUGUUGAGAUGUUGGCUGUGUGGCGUGAUGGACACCACGUGUGCGAAGGCGUUGGCAUCUUUGAAAAACCAAGCAGUAACGACGACCCCUCCUGAUCCGUAUUUGUUUUUUUUUUGGGUUCGGCCACGUAAUCGUUUAAUGCCAGAAAGUACGUGUGCUACCUUUGUGGACCAAGUACUUUAACAACAUAAUUUUGGCAUUCAUGAUGUAGCCUAACCCAAAAACAAAUGCGAAUCAUUGUAUUGACUGCGAUAACUUGUGUAUUUAGUUAACACAACUCUCAAUCUUAUCGAGGUUAAACAAACAACCGUCUCGCAAUCCGAGCUGGAAACAUGUUCAAACUGCCUCUCAAACUCGCUUGGUCUUAAGAGGGUGGCCGAGUCCCAUAUUACAGGCACACGCCGCUCUACCCCAGUAUAUCGCAUCAUUUCUCGCCGAGUCCUCACUCCAAUUGCCAUCAUGCACAGCCCUCUCAGUCCUGACUCUGCCCCACAACCCCUCUGUGUUCGUUCAUACUGUACAGCAUUUUUUUGACUGUGCCUGUAAAAACACACACGUACAUACACGCGCACGCGUGCAUACCAUUCGGACCAUAUCGCAGCGAAAUUGGCAGCGACUAUUUACGAGUGAGCGGUGAUCGUGAAAUGCAUGAGCGUAGUUUCGUUAGUUCCGCCAGCCCAGCUGGUCGUGAAGGCCCUUCUCAACAGUUCCAAUUCCAGGUUGUGUACCCUGUGUUGAUCAGCUAGAUGUCUGCCGUUACGUUUCACAUGCUCGGAGCUUCUUGGGAAACUCAUUUCAGUUGCAACUGAAUUCAAGUGCUCGGAGCUUCUUCUGGAACUAAACUGAAUUCAGUUACAACUGAAUUUAGUUCAGUUUAGCUCCUAAAGCAAACGUUAAGUUUGUGAAGAAGCUCCCCAGCAUGUGGAGGAGUUCGAACUGAAUUUAGUUCCUGAAGAAACUCUCAACGCGUUGAGCGAAACGUUGGGACGUCACUGAGCAAAAUGCGAUGUAACCUGGAAACACAAAAUGUAUCGAAGAGCUGUCCAGCACAACCGUAAAAUCCUACGCAGUAGAAACCCCCCCCCCCCCCCUCCUUUCAACCCUUUGCUACGUCCAUUGUGUUUUUAAUGUGCAUGUGUAUCCCGUUUGGCCCCUCCGCCGCCCUGUCUCCCGGACCUCCCAUUGUUGCUCCAUAUCCGCUCAUCCCAUCUCGCCGGCAAAUAAAACUCUAAUGAAGCUACGCUUGGGAAAAAAUCACGGUCACCCGUGUGCCCCCUUACCCCCUUUCCUCCUUCCCCGUACACAUGUGUGGCGUCGGUGAAAUGUUUUACAAGCGACGCUGACACUCGAUUCAUUUCACCUGCGCGCAUUUUUUUAUUGUUAUUACGAAUACCAGCAAUAAAAAAAGUGAACGGAAAAUAAAAACUUUUUUUAAAACACCAA